GCGCCAGAGUCAACGAAGGGGAGGGCUGCGCUUCCUGGUUCUCUGGGGCACGAGGCUUCUCCUCAGGACUCUGGCGCCCCCAACAGGUUCCCAGUGUUCGGCUGGGGCAGGCACGCUGUGGCUGGCUACUUGCCUUCCUUCCAUCCCCUUUGGGCCGAACGGGAUCGGUGCUUCUGGAAACAAUGACCGAUAAAACAGAGAAGGUGGCUGUAGAUCCUGACGCCGUGUUUAAACGUCCCAGGGAAUGUGACAGUCCUUCGUAUCAGAAAAGGCAGAAGAUGGCCCUGUUGGCAAGGAAACAAGGAGCAGGAGACAGUCUUACCGCAGGCUCUGCCAUGUCCAAAGGAAAGAAGCUUGUGACAGGAGAUGCUAUUCCACCCAGCCAAUUGGAUUCUCAGACUGAUGACUUCACUGGCUUCAGCAAAGAUGAGAUGAUGCAGAAACCUGGUAGCAAGGCACCUGUGGGAGGAAACAUUACCAGCAGUUUCUCUGGAGAUGACCUAGAAGGCAGAGAAACAGUCUCUUUUCCUAAAAGCCAAGAAGAAAUUAAUGCUGAUAUAAAACGUCAAGUAGUGAAGGAAAUCCGAUGCAUUGGACAAAAAUAUGAAAAAAUCUUCAAAAUGCUUGAAGGAGUGGAAGGACCUACUGAAGUCAGGAAACGAUUUUUUGAAUCGAUCAUCAAGGAAGCAGCAAGAUGUGUGAGAGGAGACUUUGUUAAGCACCUUAAGAAGAAACUCAAACGUAUGAUUUGAGAAUACUUGUCCCUGGAGGAUUAUCACACACCAAAUGCAUAAUCUCAUUAAUGAUUGAGGAGAGAAAAGGAUCAGAUCGCUGUUUUCUACAACGGAGCAGGAUAUUGCUGAAGUCUCCUGCCAUAUGUUACCGAAUCAAAUGGCCUUCCAGAGGCUAAGAAAUUUCUGUUAGUAAAAGAUGUUUUUAUUUGAAAGGAUAA